AUGAAUAUUUAUGAAUUUAUUUGGACUAAAAUUUCAAACUGUGUUUCUUCCAAGGUUCUUGGUGUCUCCGAGAGAGAAUUUUUAGACCAGAUGGGAGUUUACUUUGUAUCAUUCGUAGGCCAAUAUGGCUACGAUAGAGUACUUGGUGUCCUAGGUAGACAUAUGCGAGAUUUUCUGAACGGAUUGGACAACUUGCACGAGUACCUUAAGUUCAGCUAUCCCAGGAUGAAAGCUCCUUCCUUUUUCUGUGAAAAUGAAACAUCCUCUGGUCUAACAUUACACUAUCGAAGCACCAGAAGAGGAUUCCUGUGGUAUACCAUUGGACAAAUUCGGGAAGUUGGGCGCCACUUCUACAAAACAGAUGUAAUCAUCGAAGUCAUUAAAGAGGAAACAAUCUUCGAUACCUUGCACGUCAUGAUGCAGCUCACUUUUGACAAUCGAGCUUUCCAAACUGACAGGCGCCAGAGCGUACAGAGAAUCGACAAGAAUAUGAUGCCUGUGAAUGCCUUCCUCUUUCUGGAGAUCUUUCCAUUCUGCAUCGUGUUCGACGAAUACUUAGUUAUCAGGACAAUCGGCAACAGUCUCCAAGCCGUUAUGCCAAAUAUCAUCGGCAAGAAACUUACCUUAGUUUUCGAGCUCACGAAACCUCUCAUCGAAUGCACAUGGAGAGCGAUCCACAGCCAUACGAACAAUGUUUUCGAGCUAUGUUCGGUCGAACCCGUCAAAGCCAAGGAAGAACAAUUACCAGAAACAUCUUCCCUUAGAAGCAUCGAUUCGGACAUCCACAACGAUGACGAUACAAGAAUGGAAGAUAAACUGCUUCACUUAAAGGGACAGAUGAUGUACAUGGAAGAAUGGAAAAGUAUGGUUUAUCUGGGAACACCAGUAAUGCGUGAUUUGGACGCCAUGGUACACACGGGCCUUUACAUCAAUGACCUGAGCAUGCACGACUUCAGUAGAGAUAUGGUCUUGGCUGGACAACAACAGUCUGCAGAACUCAAACUAGCCCUGGAUCAGGAACUCCAGAAGAGCAAGCAGCUCGAAGAGUCCAUGCGGAAACUGGACAUAGAAAUGCGGCGAACGGACGAAUUGCUGUACCAAAUGAUUCCGAAACAGGUUGCCGAUCGUCUGAGGAAGGGAGAAGCAGCUGUUGAAACAUGCCAGUUCUUCGAAAGUGUAACCAUCCUCUUCAGUGACGUGGUGACCUUCACCGAAAUUUGUAGCCGCAUCACUCCAAUGCAGGUGGUGUCCAUGCUGAACUCCAUGUACAGCAUCUUUGACCAAUUGACUGAAAAACACAACGUCUACAAAGUGGAAACGAUAGGAGAUGCUUAUAUGGUUGUCUCAGGCGCUCCAGAAGUUGAAAAGAAACAUACGGAUAAAAUUUGUCUGAUGGCCCUCGAUAUGGUAGUCGUUAUAGGAGACUUGAAAGACCCGUCUACUGGCAACAGUUUGAAGAUACGAGUAGGUGUCCAUACUGGUGCUGUAGUUGCUGGGGUGGUCGGUCUCAAGAUGCCUCGAUAUUGUUUGUUCGGAGAUGCCGUCAAUACAGCUUCUAGGAUGGAAAGCACGAGUGAAGCACUAAAGAUUCACAUAAGCGAAAAAACAAGAGAAAAACUAGAUCUGGAUGAGUGGGACAUUUCAGAUCGCGGGACCAUUACUGUGAAGGGUAAAGGUGAGAUGAAGACAUAUUGGCUGCAUGGACGCUUAAAGUCCCCUAACACAGGGCACGUGCAAGAAACGCCUACCCUCCUAGAGCCAUCCAGUACUGAUUUGAAAAUUGACCCUCAGAAGCCUGAACUGAUGCAAGACCCAUCCGACACUCGAUCUUUGUAUUCACCAGUGACAUUUGAGGACGUCUCUAGAUAUUCACCAAUCAUGUCGCCAACUAGCUCCACUACAAGCGAUAUCAUAGCACAAAUGGGGACCGAGAAAAACAACAGUUUGAGGCUGCCAGAACCUUCGGUGUCCCCGAAACUUGCUGGGUACAGAAAAGGUACCAUUCCACGACUACCAGUCGAGGCAAAAUUUCCCGUGGAUUUGAAGAAAAGCACAACAUUGUCUACUGUCGGUGUACAGACAAGCCCGCAUUUGCACUGCCCAUGGGGAAUUUCUUCACAGUGCCUUCGACAUGACAGGCGAAAUCCGUUGUCUACUGUUGAGGCAAAUGGAUAUUUUCACUUUAACCAUAAUUCACACCGCUGUCAUACCUGCCAUUUGGCUGAAAUUUCUCCAGCUUUCAGCACCUCACAUUUCGGUUGCCAGCUCCCACAUAUACAGCCACGUCCCAGUCUGCCUACUCGCCAGAGUAAGAGAGGGAAUGUCCAGGUCAUUCAUGUUGCCCCCAGGGUGAGAGGCGUACCUGCACCAGCAUCUGAUAACGACUCCCCUCGGUCUCUGGUGAAAAGCAAUAGCUGUGUUUUCCUGUGAUCCUCGACCCCACAGGAACCUGAACAGACUGUGAUAGGAAGUCUAUCAUACCGUCAUCUAUUCCUAAUCUCUCAUUCUUAGGUGUUAUCAUCUCAUCGAUCUGAAGCGAUUUUUGUGUGAUUUAAUUUAUUGCAAUGUAUUCAAAAAUGAUUUCCUCGUACUUCCGGGAAAUUUUCUAUUAACUUGAAUGUAAUUUCAUAUGUGGAAUUACUAACGAAACAUUACAAAUACAUUAUCAAUUGUAAAAACUUAGCAUGCUUACAGAGUGAUGAAAUAUUACUUUGGUAUCAGUAGGACCGAUGGCAUCAUUACGAGAUAGAUACUUUCGGAUGAAAAUUUCGUUCUGUACAGAGUUUGAAGUUCAAGUGUAUUACACAUCUAGUAAUUGUAAAGAAAGUGUACAUAAUCUUUGUUUUUGGUGCUGCCAUUUGGUAUGAACUUUAAUUAGUGAAUAUAAGUAACUGUAAUUUCUGAAAAAAGGUGCCAAAAUUAGUAAGAAUACUCUCAUCGUUACAUGUGGGCAUAGAAUCCAAGGAUUUUCAUGCCCCUAUCUACGAAAGAAAAACAUGGUCAUCGAAUUCCGUGACAUUGAGACCCUAUUCGAAAAUCCUGAGCGAUUCAAAGGAUUUAAAGAUCAUUAACCUAUUUUCCUUACCAGGCAAUUAAAGUUCAUUCAAUUAAUCUAAAAAUAUUCUAAAUUAAUUCAACGUUUCUGACAAGAAACAAUCAAAAUGUAACAAGGCAGGUUGUAAACUUAUCUAAAUACCAAAAGUUAAAAUAAAAAUACAGCUACCAGAUGCAAAAGAAAUAGUGAUUAAUAAUUCAACUGUUAUGAGAAAAGGAUAAUCAGUCUUCUAUAAUUAUCACAAUUGGGAAGCAGAAAGAGAACUGAUCUAAUAAUUACAAGUGAGUGGUGUUUACAAACGUGCCCAGUAUUUAAACCUUAACUUUUCAGAACGGUAUUACAUUUGCAUUACAUUUUCCCAUGCACUAGAGCAAGAACCAUUCAACGCUUUUGAGAGAACAAUGGUUAAGCUUUCUUCUGCAAGAAAGUAGAUCUUGAGUUCGAUUCCCUAUGGAGUAAAAUGUUUUUCACCGUCUCACUGACAAAUCUAAGUUGCUUGUGCAAUAGCUGAUUUUUAAAAAUUAAAUAGAUAUUAAAAGUAAACAUUUACUAUACUAAGUAUCACAAAUGAGUAUGUAUUAAUUAUUAAGAACGACAACAGAUAAGUGAUUUUUUCUAAGAAGUGUUAGAAUGUUAAUAGUACGCACCAUGGUAUAUAGGAAUUCGUGAUCAAAUGUCAAAAAUUUUCAAUUCAUUACACUUUAUUUUGCGUCAAGAAUUAAAGAAAUCUUACAGUAAUAUUCAGUAUCUGGAAAAAUAUAUCUUAAAAUAUAUCCGGUUGCAUCAGUAAAAUCACAGAUUUUAAAAUUAAGAGCUAAUAUAUUUCUGACCACUUUGAAAAAUCUAAUAUGAAUAAUGAAAGAAAAUUCAUUGAAAUUCGAUUCUAAAAUAGGUGAUUUUUUAGAAUUUAGCAUUGGACCACAGAUGAAUACGAUUCUGAAAUCUAAUUUUCUAAAAUUUGGCUUUGAACCAUGAAAAAAAUAAGGUUCUGAAUUCGGUGCUUUUCCAGAAUUUGGCUUUGAACCAUGGAAAAAUAGGAAACAUAGGAAACUGAAACAGGUACUUUUCCAGAUUUGGUUUUGGACCAUAGAAAAAUAGGAUUAUGAUAUAAAUGCUUUUCUAGAAUUUGACUUUGGACCACGGAAAAGUACGAAACAUAGGAUUCUGGAAAACGUUCUUUUCCAGAAUUUGGUUUUGGACCACGUAAAAAUACCAAACAUACGAUUCUGGAAUAGGUACUUUUCUAGAAUUUGGUUUUGGACCAUGGAAAAACAGGAUUCUGAAUUAAAUGCGUUUCCAGAAUUUGGCUUUGCGCCACGGAAAAGUAGGAAACAUAAGAUUCUGGAAUAGGUACUUUUCCAGAAUUUGGCUUUGGACCACAGAAAGGUAGGAUUCUGAAAUAGGUAAUUUUCCAGAAUUUCAACACCAGUUAACCCUUUUGCUCUUCUUUAAUAGUAUAUUUUGUUGCUCUAUUGCAAGUUUUGCAUUUUUAACUCGAAAGUUCCUACAUCACUGUAUUGUUCUAUUAUUACAUAUUUCUAUAUUACCAAGAUAUUAUGUUAAUACCAUAUUAUAAUCUAUAUCUGAAAGUAAUAGUCAUUUAAAAACCAAAUGUAUGGCAAUUUAAGUCAUUACUGUCAUUUCUAAGAAUUUGAUUAAAAUUAUUUGUUUCUUUUAACAGCGAAUUUGUGAAAUUGCCAUCUGCUGUCAGAGAACUCUAAAAGCACAGUUUAUAAUUUUUUAAUAAAAUGGGCAUGUUGAGGGUUUAAAUGUUUAUGGUAGCGUUUAAAUUUUUACUUUGCCAAACUCUUGAAACAACAACCAUGUCUCCUGAAAUCCUUACAUAGAAAUUAUCAAAUAUCAUUUUUAAUAUUUUUUUCUCUUUUACAAAUCCUAAGAAACCCAUUAGAAACAUACAUAUAAGCUCAUUUGUAGAAAUGCAUAAGGAAAACAUAUUUUCGUUUCAGUAGCAGAAUUAAGCAAAAAAUAAUUUACAUUUUCCUGAAGUUUACUAGUAAGAAACCCCGCUAAAAAAAGUUUAAAUUUGCUUGUUUGAAAUACCGUUACAAGAAAUAUAUAAUAGCAUUCGUAUAUAAUUCUCAUAAUUAUAAUAAAUAAAUAUAUCGCAUUUUUUUAUUCGAGGGGGCAAUUUGUUCUGAAGGACUAUUAAUUUCAUUUUG